AUUCAGCAUGAUACAUCCUACGCAAACACGCGUCUCAAGAGUCACGGCUCAUCGGAGUAGAUCUCUUCUCCUUUGGGAGAACUACAUAAAUAGUUAAUCUGUCAGCACUUAUGAUGAUGAGACGCAGCUGGCCAUCAUUGGUGCCCUCGUUUCGGCCCCAGCAGAGGGCAGAAUAUUGGACGAUGACGACACCUGAUAUCACGUGCCAGGGCGGUGACGGUGUACUUUCCUCAGAAGAAUUGCUUCGACUUCAGCCCCUCCUUCACGGGCAACAGCGUCCAUCCUCGAGCCAGAUGAGAAGCGACCGGUAUGGUUGAAGAGCGGAAGAAGCACUGCUGGGAAUGUCGGCGUCGGCGGCUGGUCUGCGACUUCACACAGCCCGGCUGUGCCCGCUGCGCGGCGUCUGGCGUCGACUGUCCUGGGUACAGCGAGACGCGACCGACGAGGCUGCAGUGGCUGGCUCCAGGGAAGGUCAAGGCGCAUAAUCGCAGGUCGAAGAAGGAGAAGGAGGAGGAGGAGAGGAGGAAGGAAGAAGAGAAGAAGAGGAGUGUGCGUCUGUCUGGUAACAGUUCCGACUCUUCGGUCUCUCUACCCCCUCCUGUCGAGCUGCACACGGACGUCCACGCGAUGAUCCAGGCGGUUCAAUAUUAUAAUGCGUGCAUUAUCCCCCGUCGGUUCCCGACUCAAGACAUGGGUCCCACGCCCUUCAUCUACACCAUCUCGCCCUCCUUGUUCCAGAUGGGCAUGAACUUUCCCGACCACGUCCGGAUGAAUAUGGUCUGCAUGACGCUCACCCACCAGAUGAACCGCACGCGGGCAGACGACCCGUAUUCUGCUGUGCUGGCCAAACGCUUCCUCCGCUAUCGCGGCUAUAUCAUCCGCUCGCUCCACGACGAUCUGAAUUUCGAACACAAGCGCAAGGCCGACCUCACCAUUGCCGGCAUUCUCAAUCUUCUUCUGACGGAUGCUCAACAAGACGUAACGCCAUCCUGGCGACUUCAUCUCGACGGGGCGCAGAAACUCAUCAAGAUGCGCGGCGGCAUGCGUGCUUUGGCUGAUGUGCCGCGUCUGCAUCCGCUGAUGGUUUCUUUUGUAUCGAUUGUUGUUGUCAGCGAUACGACGUCGCCGGCCUCCAACAUGGCCAUGGCAACGUGGCAGCUGGAGGACUUUGAGUUCAUCAUCGAGCAGUACGCCCGCGGCCAGUUUGACUUCCACGCGUGUCCCGUUCCGAUCUUCACCCAGAUCGUCAAGACAAAUCACCUGCGCAUCCGAGCGGCAAGUACACAGCUAGAACAAGAAGAAGAAGGAGCAAACCCCCUCGCCGAAGCAGCAUACGGCGUGCUCAGCUCGAUCUACGCCUUUUCCGCCGACAGAUGGGCCGAGUCCAAGCCCUCGUCCAAGGAGGACUGGGCGCUGGUCGGGGCUGCGUACCAGGCGGCGGCGGCACUGUUCUGCAUCCGCUCGCUGCAGAGCCAGGGCGUGUUGCCCAUCAACGCCUUCCUGCGAGACUGCUGCAGCACGCACAGCCAGCUGCUGCAGGUGCUGCUUACCAAGGUCUUCACCUCGCCCAAGACCGAGCUGUUCAUCAUCUGGCCGCUCGUCACCCUCGGCGUGGAGGCCGUCCACGGCGGGGCGCCCAUGCGCCGUUUUGUGAGCGAUCGACUGGCCGAUCUCAGCCGGUUCGUAGGCACCUCGAACCCGCUCGAGGCUAGAAAUAUCCUCCAGCGCUUCUGGGCGUCGGGGGGGGAUGCCUGGGAUGACUGCUUUGAUCGCCCGUGUUUCUUUACCACCCAGAUGGCUGUUGACGUCAGCCGAUUGCAUAGUAGUACCUGACUCUAUUAUACCUCUUAUACCCAUAGAUCUAGUCACUGCAUGAUAAUCAAUUCAAUCUGAGUAUCAGUAUGAGUAUCAGUGUGAGUAUACUCUAGGCUAAUACAGGAUGUACAGCUAUCCUUGCAGAUGCAUGCAGCAGUGCCUAAUGAGUCACUAUCCUCUAUUUCUCUC